CUGGUUUCUACUAGAAAUUCUCGGACAUUCGGAAUAUACCGCUGAAAGAUGUCUUGAGUUUGUUGAACAGAAGGGUCUGCAGAGAAACAACAGCUAGCUAAAAUGGAGGGGAAGAAUAUGCCAUUGUAAUAUUCCGGUUGCUCGGCGACGCGCCCUUCCCUUAUAAAUUCUCAUUCCCUGCUUCCCCUAGAGCAUAACCUAUUACCUACCCCUCUCUCUAGAUCUCUCGGAGUCGGAGUUGGAGUCGGAGUUUCUCUCUCUCUCUCUCUCUCUCUCUCUAGGUUGAGAGAGAAGAUCCAGAGAAAUAGAGUUUGCAAGAGAGAGAUCAAACCAAGCAAGGCUAAAUCCAUGGCCAAGGAACAACUGCAUGUGCUCAGUGCACUUGACACUGCAAAAACACAAUGGUACCAUUUCACCACAAUCGUAAUCGCCGGAAUGGGAUUCUUCACCGACGCAUACGAUCUCUUCUGCAUAUCCCUCGUCACCAAAUUGCUUGGCCGCAUAUAUUACCACGUUGAAGGAUCACCAAAACCAGGCACAUUGCCUCCAAAUGUGUCAGCAGCUGUCAAUGGCGUGGCGCUUGUUGGCACAUUGGCAGGGCAAGUGGUCUUCGGCUGGCUUGGUGACAAAAUGGGGAGAAAAAAAGUGUAUGGCAUGACACUUAUGCUCAUGAUCAUAUGCUCCAUUGGUUCCGCGCUCUCCUUUGGGCACACCGCGAAGUCUGUAAUGACCACGCUUUGUUUCUUUCGGUUCUGGCUAGGGUUCGGCAUUGGUGGUGACUACCCUCUUUCCGCCACCAUAAUGUCUGAAUACGCAAAUAAAAAGACUCGUGGUGCCUUUGUUGCCGCGGUGUUUGCCAUGCAGGGGUUUGGAAUUCUAGCAGGAGGGUUGUUUGCAAUGCUCAUCUCUGCGAUUUUUGAGGCCAAAUUCAAGGCUCCAUCUUAUGAAGUUGAUCCAGUUGGUUCAACUGUCCCACAAGCAGACUACCUUUGGAGAAUCAUUCUAAUGGUUGGAGCACUUCCGGCAGCUCUAACCUACUACUCGCGCUCAAAGAUGCCAGAAACUGCCCGUUACACAGCGCUUGUUGCGAAAGAUGUCAACCAGGCUAAUGCUGAUAUGGGAAAAGUAUUGCAGGUUGACAUAGAACCUGAACCCGUCAGGUUGCCUAAGGAAACUGUGAAAUCUUUCGGUUUAUUCUCUAAGGAGUUUAUGCACCGCCAUGGACUCCACUUGCUUGGAACCACAAGCACAUGGUUCUUGCUUGACAUUGCAUUUUAUAGCCAAAAUCUGUUUCAGAAAGACAUUUUCAGCGCCAUUGGAUGGAUUCCUAAUGCUAAAACUUUGAAUGCCGUUUCAGAGGUUUAUAGAAUUGCAAGGGCACAAACGCUUAUCGCCCUAUGCAGUACUGUACCCGGAUACUGGUUCACUGUAGCCUUCAUUGAUAAAAUCGGAAGAUUCACAAUCCAAAUGAUGGGAUUCUUCUUCAUGACAGUGUUCAUGUUUGUAUUGGCAUUUCUCUACGAUUAUUGGACACAUCACUUGAUAGGGUUUGUGGUAUUCUACUCACUGACUUUCUUCUUUGCAAAUUUCGGACCUAAUGCUACUACAUUUGUGGUGCCAGCUGAAAUUUUCCCGGCUAGACUGCGGUCAACUUGCCAUGGCAUAUCUGCAGCAGCCGGAAAGUUAGGGGCAAUGGUGGGUGCAUUCGGAUUCUUGUUCUUGGCGCAACCGCAGGACAAGGCUAAGGCAGAAGCAGGGUUUCCUGCUGGUAUAGGGGUCAAGAACUCACUUAUUAUGUUGGGUGUGAUCAACUUUUUGGGUUUAUUAUUUACGUUCUUUGUACCUGAAUCGAAAGGAAAAUCUUUGGAGGAACUGUCUGGCGAAAGCAACGAACACAACUAAGGAAGUAAGAGAUCGAAAGCAGCCCUAGAUCACAUAGACUAGAAGGGAGUUUCUAUUGUUCAUCUACAAAUGGAGCAAUUUUUUAGGAUAAGUUUUCAUUUUUCUCUGUUUCGGUCUCUAUAUCAUUAUGUAUUACAUUAAAGUAGAAACCGCAUACUCUUUUCUGUAUUUUUGU